UUGGUAGAUCUUGAGAAGCCAUCUUUCAGCAGUGAUGUAAGCGAUGAACAUUCGAAACAAGGGGACAAAAGCAAGGAAAGUGAUCAGCCGGUUGAAAGACUCAGACUCGAACCAAACCUCAUUCCCGCAAUUCUUAGAAGGUCGGAAGGCGAGGACGAUGUUCUGGAUGAUGAGGACGAUGAUGGAAAGAUACGAUUGGACUUGGCCCGCGGCAGUGGAAACGUUUCCACUUCGGAAGAAAGCGAUUCCGAUUUGGAAGAACAGGAAGAUGAUGCCGAAUCUGAAUUGGAGCAUCACUGGGGCGAGCUGGAUGCCGACGCUCCUAGGACGGAGGAGGCGACAGCGCGAAUUGCCGUCUGUAACAUGGACUGGAGUCACAUUACAGCUAAAGAUCUGCUGGCCCUGUUCAACUCGUUCAAACCAGCGUCGGGGGUGAUCAAAGAGGUCAAAAUAUACCAGUCAGAGUUCGGCCGAGAACAGAUGGCUAAGGAAGAGGUUAACGGCCCCCUGGAAUUGUUCGGUAGCGAAGGGGUGCAGUCUGACGAGGAUGAGGAACCACAGGACGAAAGGAAGAAGCGUCAGUUGGUAGAAAAAAUCAGGCUUCACGAGCUGAAUCGCCUCCGUUACUUUUACGCCAUUGUCGAGUGUGAUUCUGCUGAGACUGCGGCCUCUGUUUACGAUGGCUGUGACGGUGUCGAGUACGAAAACAGCUCCACGAAGAUGGAUUUGAGGUUUGUACCCGAUAAUAUGUCGUUCGACGAAAGUUUCCUUAGCGAUCAAGCAAGCAACGUCGAGGAUUUCUCACAUUAUCAUCCAGCGAAGUUCGUCACCGCAGCUUUGCAGCACACUAAUGUGCCUCUGAGCUGGGAGGAAACGGACGAUCGUCGAAAGACUGCAAUCAAAGAAGCAUUCAACAAGGUUUCUUCUGAUGACUGUGUGAACCUUGAGAGCUUCAUCGCGUCAUCAUCUUCUGAAGAAUCAGCCGAAGAGGAUAAUGAAGAAACGGUCAGAAGUGGCAUGGACGAUGGAAUUUAUUCCGAACAGGACAUGACUUCCGAAUGUCGGGAAAAAAUGCGUGAAAAGUAUCGUCAGCUCCUUGACAUGGAUGAAAGCGUUGGUAAACGUUCCGAUACUGACCUCGAGCUUAAGGUGAAUUUUGAACCAGGAUUAGACAAUAACGAAAGUGAAUUGUCCUCAGAAGAUGAUGUUUCGGCGACGAAAAAAGAGCAAACUCAGGUCAGAAGAGAAAUGUUGUUCCAGGCGAAGUCCAACUUUGGUAAGGAUGACAAAACUUCGGCUCUUGGCAAGCUUUUACCACAGAAUUGGAGGAAAAACAGCAAAGACAGCCGUCUGGUGGAUGGAAAAAAGAAAAUAAGAAAAACGAUCCCGGAUGAUGCUGAACGAAGACCGAUCAAAAAAGUGUUGUCUCGAAAUACUGCCAAAAGCCAGAAUGUCAGUUUUAAGUUGAACGUAGAGGACAAGCGAUUCGACGCGAUUUACAACAAUGCUCUUUACAACAUCGACCCGUCAGAACCGUGCUAUAAAAACUCUGAGGGUAUGGAAUUGAUAAAGGAGGAAAAGCGACGGCGCCUUUCUCAAAAGUGGCAGCUGCUUGAGCAACGUGCUGAACUACCGGUGGAAAAAACCGUUGACAGUACCGUGAAAAGCACAUUUACUUCGUUCGCCACGUUUCCUGAAAACGAUACCGUUGAAUCGUUGGUGUCGAAGCUCAAGUCGAAAUCGACCACUUUGCGCAAGAAAAUUAUUGCUGAAAAAUAA